CCCGCCUCGCCCGGAGAGGCGCGGGAGGAGCUUGCGGGGCCGGUCGGCUCCUCCGCAUCCCGUCGGCCCUUGCGCGGCUGCGGCCUUGGGGUUUGUUGCGCGGGUGCCUCAGCGGCUCCAGAAGUUUCCUGGGGACGGCGGGAGGCAUGGCGGCGGCGGGAGCGGCCCCUCCACGGCUCUCCGACGGGGACAUCGACCGGGACCCGGGGGCAGCGGCGCAGGAACUGACAACGGCUUUGGAAAAGAAUCCAGAUGAUGCUGAAUGUUAUUGUCAACGAGCUUAUGCUCAUAUUCUUCUACAGAAAUAUGCUGAUGCUGUUGCAGAUGCAAAGAAGUCCCUAGAACUGAACCCAAAUAAUGCUGUAGCGCUCCUUAGAAAAGGGUUAGGUGAAUAUCAUAUCAAAAACUAUGCAUCUGCCGUAGAGUCUUUCAGAGAGGGACAGAGGCUGGACAAUGUAGAUGAUACCUUUUCUAUUUGGAUUAAAAGAUGUGAAGAAACACUAAACGCAUCACAGACAGAAAUGAAUACACAGCAGCAACCUCUGCCACCAAAGAUCAAAUAUGACUGGUACCAAACAGAAUCUCAAGUAAUUGUGACUAUAAUGAUCAAGAAUGCGCAGAAGGAUGAUGUCAGUGUGCAGUUCUUGGAGAAAGAGAUGAAUGCAUCGGUGAGACUUCCAUCAGGUGAAGACUACAACUUAAAGCUUGUUCUUCUUCAUUCUAUAGUGCCAGAGCAAAGUACAUUUAAAGUGCUUUCAACAAAGGUUGAGAUAAAAAUGAAGAAGCCAGAGGCUGUAAGAUGGGAGAAGCUGGAGGGACAGGGAGAUUCUCCUAAGUUAAAGCAAUUUACACCAGAUACCCAGCACUUAUAUCCAUCAUCCUCUCACUAUACAAGGAACUGGGACAAACUGGUAGUUGAAAUCAAAGAAGAGGAGAAGAAUGAGAAGUUAGAAGGAGAUGCUGCUUUAAAUAAACUCUUCCAGCAGAUUUAUUCAGAUGGUACAGAUGAAGUGAAACGUGCUAUGAACAAAUCAUUUAUGGAGUCUGGAGGCACAGUUCUGAGCACCAACUGGUCUGAUGUUGGUAAAAGGAAGGUAGAGGUCAAUCCUCCUGAUGACGUGGAAUGGAAAAAAUUCUAAUCCUGUUUUUAAUCUUUUACCAACUAUACGUUGCUAUUAUCAUGUACUGACCACAGUGUACGGACAUAGCAUUCUUGGAUACAAAGCACUGAAUGUUCCCUUGGAAACAGGAAUUGUCUUUACAUUUUGUGUGCUUUAGGAAUUCCUCCAUCUGCAGAUGUUAAAGGUAUACUCAAGAGCGGAACCCUAUUUUCAUUAUCUCUGUCUAAUUUUUGGAAACUGAGUCAAUCAUUCUAAAUUUUCUGCCACCUUUAUCAGUUCUGCCCUUUGGGGUAGGGUGAUCUCUAAUGGCUGGUCAGGAUUAUUGCCUUACGCCCGAUAUUUCUGUUCAAUAACUUAUUAGAUCUUGGCAACUUUGGAUAAAAACACUUUUCAACAACAGUGUUAAAAUUGUUUGCUCUUUAACUCUGCUAAAUAAAACUGUAAAUAUAA